AGGGUGCUUUUAGCUCUGAUCACAAGCAUACCAUCAUCUAUCUAUGACAGCUUCGCUAGCGUCAUGCACCAACAUACACGAAGCAAUCUUGCUCUCACACGUACCAGUUCCGAUGGGAUUGUAUUCAUCUAUACCACCUACGGACAAAUCUAUCGCCGCCGCUUCCGUUCUUUCUGUCCUUCUAAUUUCCCCACACUGUUCCCCACAAUGUCGGACUUGGGUUCCGUCGUUGUGUCUACAAGUUGAUGGAUUGCUGGUCAUCCCUUGUUUCUUGCAUUGCUUUGUCUUUGCUAUCUUGGGUGCUUCAGGCGAGCUGCUGAGAAGACUUUACGUGACGCUGACAUUAGAUAGCAUACGCGUCUUGGUUGUGAGACCCGUCGUUGUCAAUCCGUUUCUUGCGCAAGGUCCUGGUAGCGAUCGGAUGCUUCGCGUCAAUAAUGCAAGACGCCGCAUCGUGAAGUUGUCGUCGAUCCUGGAAUAUCGCCAGCUCACACCGAUAGCCUCCGGAGCCGCACGCUUACAAAAACGCUUGUCCUCGUUCCGUUAUCGGGCAGUUGUUUGUUUUAGUGGUCUCCUGUCAGAGACAAUGUACAGGACACUCACCCACAGGCCCCUUUCCCCCGAUGGAUUGAUCUAGAGACUAUGAGUGUAACGUCCAGCGGGAAGGACGGUCUUGCGUCGCCGGAACUCAGUCUGUAAACUAGGUCUCGCCUUUUGUUUCGAUU